GCUGCGGGGCUUUGCCGUCUCUCUGUCUCUCUCUGCCUCGCGCUGCUGCUGUCGGCGCGAGGCGGCCGCCGAGAGCGGAGCGGAGCGAGCGGCGCCGGCGCUGUGCAUGCUGGGCUCCGAUCAUGGUGGGCUCGCGCUAGCGGCAGGAAGGGCUCGAGCCAGUUUCCCCCCCGCCCCCGGCAGCCGCGCGCCUCCCGAUCGGCGAGUCCCGCCCGGGGAGAGAAGACACCGACCGGGAAGGGGGCUGGUACCGCCGGGCGCUCGCUCUGUCCCGCACCGCAGCGCCCCGGCACCGCUCGCCGGAGGAGGAAGGGGGGUUGCCCCGGGUGCCAGCCGCUGUGGGGGGACGGGAGCGGAGCGGACCGUGCCCCCCGCCGCUGCCCCCCGCGUGCCCAGCCCCGGGAGAUGGUGACACAUGAGGCGCGCUGGCAGGAGCAUGGUUGAAAGGACCAGCAAGUUCUUGCUGAUCGUGGCCGGCUCGGUGUGCUUCAUGCUCAUCCUGUACCAGUACGUGGGGCCGGGGCUGAGCCUGGGGGCGCCCAGCGGCCGCGCCCCGGCCGAGGAGCUGGACCUCUUCCCCACGCCGGACCCGCACUAUGUCAAGAAGUACUACUUCCCCGUGCGGGCGCUGGAGCGGGCGCUCGCCUUCGACAUGAAGGGCGAGGACGUGAUCGUCUUCCUGCACAUCCAGAAGACGGGCGGCACCACCUUCGGCCGCCACCUGGUGCAGAACGUGCGGCUCGAGGUGCCCUGCGACUGCCGGCCCGGGCAGAAGAAGUGCACCUGCUACCGGCCCAACCGCCGGGAGACCUGGCUCUUCUCGCGCUUCUCCACCGGCUGGAGCUGCGGGCUGCACGCCGACUGGACCGAGCUCACCAGCUGCGUGCCCGGCGUGCUGGACAAGAGGGAGAGCGCCGCGCUCAAAGCCCCCAGAAAAUUUUACUACAUCACGCUGCUGAGAGACCCUGUGUCCCGUUACCUCAGUGAAUGGAGGCACGUCCAACGAGGAGCUACCUGGAAAACUUCCUUGCAUAUGUGUGAUGGUCGGACACCAACCCCUGAAGAGCUGCCAUCAUGCUAUGAAGGCACAGACUGGUCAGGAUGCACGCUGCAGGAGUUCAUGGAUUGCCCGUAUAACUUGGCAAACAACCGCCAAGUGAGGAUGUUGGCUGACUUGAGCUUGGUGGGCUGCUACAACAUGUCUUUUAUCCCUGAGAACAAGCGAGCACAGAUCCUGCUAGAGAGCGCAAAGAAGAACCUUAGAGACAUGGCCUUUUUUGGCUUGACAGAGUUCCAGAGGAAGACUCAAUACCUGUUUGAGAGAACUUUUAAUCUGAAAUUCAUCAGGCCCUUCAUGCAGUACAACAGUACAAGGGCAGGCGGAGUGGAGGUGGAUAACAACACCAUACGGAGGAUUGAGGAGCUCAAUGACUUGGACAUGCAGCUCUAUGACUAUGCAAAGGACCUUUUCCAACAGCGCUACCAGUACAAGCGGCAGCUGGAGAGGAUGGAGCAAAGGAUAAAGAAUCGGGAAGAGAGGCUUCUUCACCGGUCCAACGAGGCACUUCCCAAGGAAGAGACAGAAGAGCAAGGACGCUUGCCCACUGAGGACUACAUGAGCCAUAUUAUAGAGAAGUGGUAGCCUAGGCAGACUUUUAUACUGAAUGGGAUUCUAGGGUUUCCUGUUAAAAGAUCAUGGAAAUAAAAAUACAAAACCA